AUGGUGGAGAGUACAUAUGCCGGUGACUCUCCAAGAUCUCGUUCUCCAAUGACUGAACCUUCAUCACCCCUCCAAGAUACUCCAGGAAUGUCGAAAAGUAGUCAUCAUCGAUAUCUCUAUAGUUAUUCACCAGAAAGUAUCCAACAGAAACUUAAGAACAUUGAACAAAUGACACCAAAAGGUCCUAGAGAGUUGGAUAGAGAUUGUUACUCUAGACACAGCCGAAAUAGUCCAGUGAGUCCGGAGGAAUCUAUGCGGUAUCAAAGAUCAGAGUUGAAUUCAAGACCUGGCUCAUCAGCAGCUUUGUCUUCACCUACAUCACUGUUUACGAUUGAUAGUAUUUUAGCACCUAGACCUGUUGGUGUGCCUAAUUCUACUAGUACCAGUGGUAUUUCUCUUCAAAACAAUUCAGAAACCGUCGGAUCACCACCAAGGAGCACAGCUAUUCAUCCACUUCAACAGCACCUUCAUCAUCUAGCCUUCACCCCCGCGGAUUUUUUAGCCGCUGCAUAUCCUGGACUUUACCCAAGUGGUUACGUCGCUGCAAUGGCAGCCGCCGGAGUAUCUUUACAUUCCCAGCCAACAUUUUACCAUCCAACUCACCCUUAUCAGCUUCCAAAUGGUCCUGGAGUGGGUCCAAUGACCAAAAGAAAACGUCGUCAUCGGACAAUAUUCACCGAAGAACAACUAGAACAAUUAGAAGCCACUUUUGAUAAGACUCAUUAUCCAGAUGUCUUGUUAAGAGAACAACUGGCCCUACAAGUGGACCUUAAAGAAGAGAGAAUUGAGGUCUGGUUCAAAAACCGACGAGCAAAAUGGCGUAAGCAGAAACGAGAAGAACAAGAAAGAUUACGAAAGCUUCAAUUAGAACAACGUCAACGUAGUGAUGAUGGAAUAGCAUCGAGUACAAUCAGAGUAGCAGGACAUAUGAGUCUGAAUGGUCAACAUGAUCAAGACACUGACAGUUCAGAUCUAGAGGUGGCGUAG